AUGUGUGGCUCCACGCGUCAGCUGCCAUGGCGAAGGAGCAAUGGGCGUUGGAAAGGAAAACGGAAGGCUCCAAGGAGGAUGAGGUCACCGUACGUGUGCGCCAGACGAUCCAAAAGGCCGGCGCCGAUGUGCAACCCUCAGGCCCCCGUCCAGGACUUGGUGCCAGGUGUUCUGGUUUUGUUCACGAGGAAUUUGAAGGUGAAACAUGGCAACGUCAAGCCUCGCUAUGGGCAAGAAGAUUGUUCCGUUCGGAAGGAACAUGUUGACCAGGUCGCCGAGCCGGAGAGCCGCUUUGGCCUGGUAAUCAGUACCCUGGAGGAUAUCGUCAAAAACGUUGACAACCAGAGCGCGCGGGAGAAGACGGCAUUCGACAAGUUCCAGGCUUGGUGCACCGAGGAGAUCACUGGUCUCAGCACCGGCGCCGAGAAGGCCAAGGCGAACUCCGAGAAGGCCUUCGUAAACCUCCGGGAGCUCACUGCCUCCAUCUCCACCUUGGAGCACGGCCUCGCAUCGCUCAGCGCCGACGUGAAGGAGCUCCAGGACGCGCAGGAUCAGAUCAACACCAUUCGGGAGGAGGAGACCUCCAAGUAUGCCGAAGAGGUCGAACUCAACACCCAGUCGGCUCAAACCGUAUCUUCCGCCCUGUCAAAAGUGUCCAGCUCGAAAUCCGCCUUUUUGCAGAGGCAGAGUUUGGAGCCGGACAGCGGGUAUGUGGUGGGCCUGCUACGGGGCAUCCAGGAGCGCUUGAAUCAGACGCGGUCCGAGCUGGACCAAACGGAGGAGGCGAAGAGUAAGACACACUCCACUCUGGCGAGAGCGAAGAAGGAGCAGGAGUCGCUUCUGCAAGCAGAGGUUCUAGAGAAGCAGAGGCUCCUCCAGCAGGCCAAGCUUGAGCUGGUCGAGGCUCAGAGAAUCUACGAUGAGGAGCAGGAAUCCAGUGAAGCGAUGACGAAGAUGAAGGCGGAGACCAAGGACAAGUGCUACAUGAAGACCAUCGAGUACUCCAUGCGCAAGGAGGACCAGCAGAAGGAGCGCGAGGCGAUCGCUUCAGCGGUGACCACCCUGAAGCAAGAGGAAUCUGGGGGCAAGAAUGCCGCCGGAGCGACGUCCUUCCUGCAGGACUGGGUGACUUGCUGCGGCGAUUGCAAGGUAAGCUAG